GUGGAUUUGUUGUUUAAUUGGAAAGCUUGCCCCAAAUGAAGAGCUUUCGCCGGCAGACAGCUGAUGGCGCCAUCAACCCCCAUUCCCAAACAUCCGGAAUUGCAUUUUCUCGCUGCGUAGCCGAAAUCAACUGGUGUCGCACGGAUGUAAGCCACUCGUUCGGGUUUAUAUUUCAAAAUAUAAUGAAGCGCUUGACGGAGCGAGUGCACCACGAGGAGAUCGACUCCGAGGAGGUGGUCUGGGUGAAGCGGGAGGACGCCAGAUCCGCCAGCAAGCUGCCCAUCGUCUACUCCAGGAAGUAUGCGGUGCGAUUCGCUGGCCUUGAACGCCUACACCCCUUCGAUGCGGCCAAGGGCAAGCACAUUCAGAAGGUCUCUCCUGUGUGCCGAGUUGCAGCUGGAUGGCGGCAGCUUCUACGAGCCGAAGGAGCUGACCAAGGAGCAGCUGCGGCGCAUCCACACCAGGGACUACCUGAAGUCGCUCGAGUGGAGCAUGAGCGUGGCCUGCAUCGCGGAGGUUCCUCUGAUGGCCUUCGUCCCGAAUCGCUACAUCCAGCGGUCCUACUUGCGUCCCAUGCGCUUCCAGGCAGCCGGCUCCAUUCUGGCGGGGAAGCUGGCCCUGGACUACGGCUGGGCCAUAAACCUGGGCGGCGGAUUCCACCACUGCUGCUCGUACAGGGGCGGCGGCUUCUGUCCCUAUGCGGACAUAUCGCUGCUCAUCGUCCGGCUGUUCGAGCAGGAACCGUUCCGGGUGCGCCGCAUCAUGAUUGUGGAUCUGGACGCUCAUCAGGGAAACGGACACGAGCGGGAUUUCGGAAACGUUGCAGCUGUCUUCAUACUGGACAUGUACAAUGCCUUUGUCUAUCCAAAGGACCAUGUGGCCAAGGAGGGCAUCCGCUGUGCCGUGGAGCUGCGCAACCACACCGAGGAUGCCUACUAUUUGAGGCAGCUAACUCGCUGCCUGAUGCAAUCCCUGGCCGAAUUCCGUCCCGAUGUGGUCAUCUACAACGCGGGCACCGAUGUGCUCGAGGGGGAUCCCCUGGGCAACCUUGCCAUUACGGCGGAGGGCGUCAUGGAACGCGACCGACUGGUCUUCAGCACAUUCCGCUCGCUGGGCAUUCCGGUGGUGAUGUUGCUGAGCGGAGGCUACUUAAAGGCUUCCGCCGGGGUCAUCACCGAUUCCAUUGUUAAUCUCCGGCAAAGGGGAUUGCUAGACUAAAGGAAUUAAGGUAUUUGAGACUUAGCAAAAGAAGUACCACAAAACGUAGCUAAAAUUUUGGAUAAGGAUCUAGUCAAUUCGCUCCGUUUUUCCAAUUUUUAUAAAAGUGAACAGUAUUUGUACAUCCCCAACCUGAAUCGUCGGGAUAUUUGCUGAAGGACUUGUGAAACCAAGAGCUGUGAAAGAAUAUAAGAAACCUGAUUGCUUAGAGAAUUACCCGACUAAAAUCUUCCGAUAAUAUUACAAUGCUUUACACCUUAUCAAAAUUUAUUAAACAUAUAUAAUUUAA